AUGUCGCAGGUUCCGCUGCCCAACUACAGUCUCGAUGGACCUCAUCACAACUACUUUCUUCCUCAAGUGACAAACUAUGAAGACAACGAUGCUGACGGAGACUACGAACUUGAAGAUCCAGACCAAGACCCACAUAAUGAACCAGAGCAGAGAAAAGACAGCAUCUUUAACAGGAAGAAGCAAUUGGGCCACUCUGUGAAGAGAACGUAUAGGGUCAAGGAUCUGCAUGGCAACUCGUUUACAGAGCUCAUUCAUCAAGGCGGUAUCGAUCUGAACCCAGAAUAUCAACGAGACGUUGUCUGGUCCGAAAGCAAGCAAACUGCUUUACUAGACUCUAUCGCGCACAGAUACCACGUUCCUCCCAUCUUAUUUGUCGUACAUGAGGAAGAUGGGGAGGAAACGAGAGUCUGCGUGGAUGGCAAGCAGCGUCUCACAUCGAUUCAGAGGUUCUUGGAUGGUCAGAUUCCAAUCAAAUGUGGCGACGGGAAGAACAGGUGGUGGACCUUUCCGAAGAAUGCUAAAGGUAAACUUGCUGUCUCCGACGAAGACAAGGAAGAAUUUGGCAACAUCGAAAUUUCAGUUGAGGAGUAUCGUGGAAUCACUGAGCUUUCAGAGCGUGAUAUGUUCGGAAGAGUGCAGAUGGGAAUGACACUGACAUCUGCGGAGCGGUGGCAUGCAAUAUCAUCUCCACGAUCAAAAUGGAUCAACCACCUGCAAGAUACCCACGUCCUGGUGGACAACGGUCUUGCUGCCAACCUGACAAUGACUCUGUCGCGUGGUCGCGACUUUUCGAAUAUGGUCCACCUCGUCUAUUUUUGCGACCAAGUUGAAGAACGAGGUGCUUACAGUUCGCAGAAGGCAGAGGCCUGGUUGCGGUCUACCGAGACACCCUCUCAGGAGUUCAAGCGUGACAUCGACAAAGUACUCCGUGAACUCAACCAGCUGGCGACUGAUGAAGAGUACAGCGAUCUCUUGAAUAAGGUAGACAAAGUUCUAGCUCCAAUUGAGCUGUCUUUUAUCGGUGUCCUUCUAUAUCUGUUGGGGGACGACGCAGACUUGAAGACGAAAGCCCAAGCUAUAAACACCUUCCGCCAUACCGUGCAUAAGAAAUACCCCUCCCAUCUACGAACCAACAGCUCCAUCGCAAAAUCGCUGUGGGGCUUGAUAGACGACCUGGUGGACAAUCCUCUCACUAAAUACCUUGACCCUGAUGACUUUGCUUGCCGGGGGAAAAAGCGCAAGAAGAGGGCCAUAGAUGAUGACCCGAACGAUGGAACCUACCGUUCCAAAGUGCCUCGUACGAAGAAAACAGUUUCCGUGGCCUCGAAGUAG